AAGUUGUUUGGAGAAGAAGGCAAAGCAAACGUGCUGGUGCUCCUCCUCCUGGAUUGGUCUGCGGUUCUUUUUUUGUUUGUUUGUUCUUGCAUGCACAGAAAUCAAAGAGGGAGGCAGUUUCCCACCACCAACCAUUCCACUUUUAUAAUCGUCCGCUGAUUUAGAAUGCGUAGAUUCGCAGUAGAAAAGGCCAGAAAACUUUUAGCACCCCACACUGAUAUUUUCAUUUCCGCGUCGCAGCAUCCCAUCUCUUCUUCUCAAAUAUUUCUUCAUCUUUUGUCUUCUGCUGCGUUUUUCCUUCGUUUCUUGAACACCAAGGCUACUCCUUAUCCUUCUGAUUCUAUGGCUUCCACUCCCCUCACUCUUGAUACAAUCAAUCCCAAGGUUUUGGAGUGUGAGUAUGCAGUCCGUGGAGAAAUUGUGAUCCUUGCUCAGAGAUUACAAGAAGAACUCAAGAACAACCCAAAUGCUCAUCCUUUUGAUGAGAUACUGUACUGCAAUAUUGGAAAUCCUCAAUCCCUUGGCCAACAGCCAAUCACUUUUUUCAGAGAGGUGCUUGCCUUAUGUGACCAUCCUGCUCUUUUGGAUAAAGCUGAAACACGGGGUUUGUUUAGUGCUGAUUCGAUAGAACGAGCAUCUGAGAUCCUACAUCAAAUUCCUGGAAGAGCAACUGGUGCCUAUAGUCACAGCCAGGGUAUCAGAGGACUGCGUGAUAAAAUUGCUGCUGGCAUUGAAGCUCGUGACGGGUACCCAGCUGAUCCAAAUGAUAUUUUCUUGACAGAUGGUGCAAGCCCUGCGGUUCAUACGAUGAUGCAAUUACUGAUACGGUCAAAGAAUGAUGGCAUUCUCUGUCCCAUUCCUCAGUACCCUCUUUAUUCUGCUUCAAUUGCUCUCCAUGGAGGCACUCUUGUUCCUUAUUAUCUUAAUGAAGCAACAGGAUGGGGACUGGAGAUCGCUGAGCUUAAAAAUCAGUUGGAAAUGGCCAAAUCAAAGGGUAUUAGUGUCAGGGCCUUGGUGGUUAUAAAUCCUGGCAAUCCUACAGGGCAGGUUCUGGCUGAGAACAACCAAAAGCAGAUUGUGGAUUUCUGCAAGGACGAAGGACUUGUUCUUUUGGCAGAUGAGGUGUACCAGGAAAACAUUUAUGUGCCGGACAAGCAGUUCCACUCUUUUAAGAAAGUUGCACGAUCUAUGGGUUACGGGGAGAAAGAUAUCUCCUUAGUAUCUUUCCAGUCUGUGUCGAAAGGUUAUUAUGGAGAAUGUGGGAAAAGAGGAGGUUACAUGGAGGUUACUGGUUUUAGUCCUGAGAUAAGGGAGCAAAUAUACAAACUGGCAUCAGUUAACCUAUGUUCUAAUAUAUCUGGACAGAUUCUUGCAAGCCUUGUCAUGAACCCCCCAAAGGUGGGAGAUGAAUCAUAUGAGUCUUAUUUGGCAGAGAAAGAUGCAAUCCUGUCAUCCCUGGCUAGGCGUGCCAAGCAACUGGAAGAUGCAUUUAAUAGCUUAAAAGGAGUAACCUGCAACAGGGCAGAAGGAGCAAUGUAUCUCUUUCCUUGUAUUGACUUGCCCAAAAAAGCAAUAGAAGCAGCCAAAGCUGUUAGCACAGCCCCUGAUGCAUUUUAUGCACGUCGUCUCCUCAAUGCCACUGGAAUAGUAGUUGUUCCUGGCUCUGGCUUUAGACAGGUUCCUGGAACAUGGCAUUUCAGGUGCACAAUAUUACCUCAAGAGGACAAAAUACCAGCCAUUGUUUCCCGUCUCACCAAGUUCCACAAAGGAUUCAUGGAUGAAUUUUGUGACUGAUGGCUCUGCAAUUGAGCGUCUAGAGCAUUUUUUUGCUUUCAAGAUUGUCGUCUUUCGAAUUUUACCCUCUUUUGUUAACUUUUAUCUCCACCUGAGGCCGAGGGAAUCUCUUCUGUACUUCAUAAGUUGCUGAGCAUUUCAGAAAUGUGGAAAGACGUUUUUCUCGAUAUUUUGUUGAUUGACUUGUUAAGAGCAUCAGAGAUAUUUUGUUGAUUGACUUGUUAAGAGCAUCAGUUGGUUCGGGCCUCGCCUUCAGUGAUGAUUCAAUGAGCCCCUCAACGAUUUGUUAUUUCCUUGACUAGUAAUUGAAGAGAUGGAUUUGCAAAUAUAAA